CGAGUUGGUCCUGCAAUCAUCGUCGUGACGUCGUCCAAGGUUCAACAUUCCAACACUCGUAGACCAAAAAACAAACUUGUAGUUGUAGUACAUAUUUUAUACGCUAGCCCGUGAUCUUAACUUGUUGAUAUUCAACUUUAGUCUUUAAUAGUUCUGAAGCUCUCCGAUAUCUCUUCCGUGCGAACCAAUUCAUCUUUAAAAAAAUAUUGACGUUUUCGAAAUGGCCAAACCGCAAACUAAAGGUCUAGGUAUGGGCGAGAUAAUCAUCGAGGGAAAAACUAAAAUUGUUUACGACCUACCUGACACAGGCAAUGUCUUGAUGGUGAGCAAAGACAGGAUAACUGCUUGGAAUGGCGCCAAGGGUGAUGAUAUGGAAGGCAAAGCAGCCAUAUCUACAACAACAACGACAGCUGUAUUUAAAGUUUUACAAGAUUUAGGGAUAAAUACUGCGUUUGUUUCAAAAAACGGUUUAUCUGAUAAUACAUUCAUCAGCAAAAAAUGUUCUAUGAUUCCAAUUGAAUGGGUAUCUCGUCGAAUUGCUACAGGAUCUUUUCUAAAACGUAAUCCAGGAGUAAAAGAAGGUUAUAAAUUUACUCCACCCUUGGUGGAAACUUUUUUCAAGGAUGAUUUAAAUGAUGAUCCUCAAUGGUCUGAACAACAGUUGCUAUCUGUAGAAUUUAACAUUGGAAAUGUAAAAAUUGGAAAUGCUGAGUAUGAGAUAAUGAGGAAAACUACUAUAUGUGUAUUUGAAGUGUUGGAAAAGUUAUGGGCAUCAAAGAAUGUUGCUCUAGUAGAUAUGAAAAUCGAAUUCGGUGUUAGUACUGAAGGAGAAAUAUUAGUAGCUGAUGUUAUUGACAAUGAUUCAUGGAGAUUGUGGCCAAGUGGAGACAAAAGAUUAAUGGUUGACAAACAAGUAUACAGAAAUUUAAACACUGUCACAGUUGCCGAUAUGGAAACGAUAAAAACAAAUUUUAAGUGGGUUGCUCAACAAGUUCAAAGUUUUUCUCAAAUACAAUCAAAUGGUUUGGUUGUGGUUGUUAUGGGUUCAUCUAGCGAUGAAAGUUUUGGUAAAAAGAUUGCAGAUUAUACAAAAAAUGUAUUGGGUAUAAAUACUGAAAUUAGAAUUGGGUCAGCACAUAAAAGUACUGAGUUUGUUUUAAAAAUGAUUGAUAAAUAUGAAGGUCUACAUAUUCCUGUUGUCAUAAUUGCUGUAGCUGGUCGUAGUAAUGGCUUAGGUCCAGUAAUAGCUGGUUAUACUAAUUUACCAGUUAUAAACUGCCCGCCUUUAAAUGCAACCAAUGUUAAUAUGGACAUUUGGUCUUCAUUAAAUGUUCCAUCCGGUUUAGGGUGUGUAACUGUAAGAGAAGAAGAAGGAGCUGCUUUGGCUGCAGCUCGUAUUAUUGGAUUGACUGAUCCUCUAGUUUGGUGUAAACUUAAGACACAACAGUUGGAAAAAUAUAUCAAUUUAAUAAAAAACGAUCAAGAAAUUGUUUCAAAAAAUGUAUAAGCCUAAUACUUAAAUAUUU